AUGAGGCUCCGACUUAAUGGUUUUUGUAUUGAAGGUUCGGAGGUUACGGGGGCCAUAACGUGCCCGAACGUGAUUCUCGGCAACUACAGCGUCGACUACGAGAUCCCCCAUACUUCAUCGUCAGCUUACAACAGCACGUUGGACUCGUGCUCGAACAAGACUCUCAUGGACUUCGAGAACUCCAGAACGACCCUGAAGCUUGGCUAUACGGCUGGGUCUCAGAUGUUGUGCGUGUAUUCUGUGACAUCCGGUGGCGAAACGUAUCUGCACACAAUCAACAUUGACGCAUCCGUGGACAAAAAGGCCACGUACCGUUUUACUUGUUGGGUGCUGGCGUACACGAGCGGCAAAUUACAGGGCACGGCAUACCCGAUGGAAUGUCACAGCGGCCAGACGUCCACUGCCGUUGAACUGGGUGGACAGACAUUCGAGUUUUUACCGUAUUAUACGUGUGCGCCGACGACGACGGAUUCCGGUCUAGCUGGCUGGGAAAUAGCGCUAAUUGUCCUAGGAAUCUUGCUCGCCAUUGUCGUCAUCGCCUUUGUUGCUUUCGUCAUCAAAACCCGCAACCAACCCACGCCCUUCGAUAGAAUGGAGAUUAUGAAAGAUGGUUCCAGGCAGUCCACUCCGGACAGUCUCACCGACGGGCUGACGAAAUCCCAGAUGGAACUUUUAAGGGACGACCCCAGGUUUGGCCAUUUUAUAAAGGACCGGAAGGAAAAAGAGCGGACAUUUGACUUGAUUGAGGUGCACACUGACAAGAAGAAACCCCAGGACCCUGUUCCAGUUAAGGAGGAGCCUCGAGAGCCGUUAGAGUUCCCGCCUGGCAAGAAGCCCAUUCCCCCUACUACACCGCGACCAGAGGAGGACGACAACACGCUCAUGCGCAUCAAGAAGGAGCGCGAACGGAAGGAGAAGGAGCGGGAAGAGCGGCGUCGGAAGGAGCAACAGACGGAAGAGCUCCGCAAGAAACUCGAAGUCAAGGAACCGGAGGAAACUGUAGAUCCGGUGAUUAAACACACACGGGAGAACGAAUCGAGUGAGGAAUAUGAGACGGACGAUUCAGAAAAGGAGGAACGUGCACAGAAACUGUUAGAAAAGAGGCGACGUCUGGCAGACGCUGCUUACAAACCACCGGAAGGGGUAGCCGAGGGGAAAGUCGUCGGGCGGAAGAAGCGGCGAAAGCACGAGGAAGGUCACGUGUCUGAUACGCCUGGAGGCUUUCUUACGCGGGAGCAGCAGGAGUUGCAAGCGUCCAAGAGACGCAGUCGCAAGAAGAUGAUGAAGCAGAUGGCGAAGAAUAAACUGACGCAGAGCGAUCUUGAAUACAGCGAGUCGGAAACGGACACCGGAAGUCGGCGUCACAAGCGCCGGAAGAAGGGCGAGCCCCGCGCACGUGGCGCGCCGCACAUGGAGAAGUACAUUUUCAAGAAGGACAUCGAGGCCGAGCUGGAUGACAUGGACUAUUGGCACGAGAAGGAACGUGCGCCGAAACCCGUCGAUGAUAUUUUUGACCUCGACGACACCAAGACGGUGCAGGUGGCGCCAGCAGAUACCGGAAGGGAAGGCGAGGAGGGGAGCGAAGAAAAGCGAAUGGAGAACGUGCUUCAAGACGAGGAGAGCGUGUGGGCCACGUACGGUGUUUCCGGUUUCCGGCCGGGACCCAACGGGGAGCUUCCGGAAGGCUUCCAUUUUGACGAAGAAGGAAAUGUCGUAAGAGACGCCGACGGGAAAGUGAUUCCCAAGACAGCGUACGAGAAGCAGAUGGAGAUCCGACGCCGGCUGAAGGUGUUUGCUCUUCCAAGACUUAAACGGAACACAGACGGACGACCUCUCGGGGGUUACAAAGACGACGAGUUUGGUCCGACCGCUGAGUGGGACUGGGGAGAGCCGAUAAGUGCACAGGAGACCGAGGAGGAUAAAAACCAGACUGCGCAUGUACGACCGACGUCUCUUCGACAAGUUGGAUUCACCACGGUCGAGGACAGGAACGACGCGCAGUCGCCCGUCAGUGAUGACGACUUCGCACACAGAAAGGGGCGUCUUCCGGGGUCGGCUGAGCGCACUCUUCUGAAGCAACGACUGUUUGACGAGACCGGGAAGCCUAUUGUUGACUCCACCCGCCCCGCCUUCAUGCCUGUGUACCUUACGAAAGGGGGCGUGAAACCCGACUCUGUAUACAUCGACAGCGCACAGAUCGUGCGACAGGAACUUCCGGCGCGCACCCAGUCCCAACGACCACCGGUGUCGGGAGGUUUCAGUAUGGUUUCCAGAUCCGACACAUUCAACGACGGCAGAAGCACCAAAGGGAAACGGCGCCUUUCUCUUGUGGGAUCUGAGAAUAUCGAGGCGAUUCGGAGAGAGCGCCGGAACAUCGGUUCUGAUGACGAGUUCUUCCUGGUGCCCGGCAGUCUUGGCCAGUUAAACAAGCCUCCCACAAUCCUUGACUCCCAGCUUGACACCAACCACUGCUCGCGCUACAAUGCGCACCAAGCGUCAGGCCGGGAACGAACCACAGUGACGGACAUGAGCAUGCGCACUGCGCCGGACUCGACACUUCCGGUCGACCUUAACAUGAGGAAGUACUUGGAAGAACUCUACAAGGACAAGCAGUACUUUGAUAAAUACGUCAAAACUGAAAAACUCCCCACAAAUGCGGGUAUUGAGACCCUUGAGCUAGCCAACCACGCGCGGGGCUUCCUGAAGGAGCGGGCCGAGUACUGGCGGGAUCAUCUACCGGAAACACCGGCACCGCCUCCUACGGAAUUGGGAUUGCGGCUGUCACGCAUGCGCACAUUCAACGGAGAUGAUUCCGGUUUGGAAUCGGGUCUUAUUUCAGACCGUCCGCUCAGUGCAGACGACGUACAGGUUAAAUCUAACCUACAACCACAACAAGUGACGGAGCGAUCUAGGUCGACAGGAAACUCCGCCAUGCCUACCGGGGAACGCGUUCCCCCAACAGGAAGGUCACCAGAGCCACCGGUGAUGAAAUCGGAGAGAAUUAAAACUGAUAAAACUGUUACGAUUGACGACACGCCAAGAGAGAUGACUAAGGAGAAGGCGAAACUCGGCGGUAAUAUAACUGAAGACGCGAAGCCUGCGCCAAAGAAAAAAUCUGUGAUCGGUAAAGAAGACGUCAUGCUACGAAAUACCGUUGUUACAAUCAAUGAAAUUGAUAAUGAGCAGUAGCUGUAAUCGUGUGUAGUGUUAAUGACUGAAUUAAACCUAUUUAUGUUGUGUAUUAUUUUAUUUAUAAUGGCGACAUUAUAAUGUAAACGAUAAUUAUAUAAAUUAGUAUAGAACGUUGCGUGUUUCAUAUAUAUAGCAAAAUGCUAAACACCUCGAAAUUAUUUGUCACCUUCACAUGAUUUUUCAAUGUUUGUUAGAUGUUGGUGAUAAAAAUAAUGGUAUGUUUCCGUAUUUCGGUUGAAUGUCAUAGGGUCAAUUAUAUAUCGCAUACAAAUAUGGACAAUUGCAUAAAGCGAACAUGUGAUACAUUUGAAACCAAAUACAGGUUUAAAGGUGUACCCGUAUAUCUUGCCAAUUAUGUUGAACUAAGUUUCAGUCUGUGUGGUGUAGCUGUGAUCGUUUUCACAAAUCGUGUGAAUGUACUGCAUUUACACACACUGACAACAAUUUAGGCGUGAAGUAUAGGUCAAAAGUAAAACAUACGUUGAAUCUUAAACUAUUUGUGGUAUUUUGUCAUGUUUUGUUUCCAUUUUUUUGUCAUGAUACUUGUUUCAUAAGUGUUAUGUUUUCUUCUUCUUAAAACAAUUUAAUGUUUUAUGAUGGUCAGACGAUGUUUUGAAUACUGAUUCGAUUCUAUUGUAUACGAUGAAGGUUUUCAAUUUAGAGUUUACAAUUUAGACAAAUAUAUUUCAUCCGAAUAUCCGAUUCUGUUUUACAAUAUAUUUUGACUCAAACAUAUUGUAUGUACAUAAUAAGUGUCAUUCAGUUUGUCCCACUUGUGUUUGCGACAUGUAGCUAUGUGAUUGCUCCACACAUAUAUGUAUAAACAAUUGUAUGAAUUUCGUACAAUCCAUGUCGUACGAUUUAUAUGUUUACACGGCUUUAAAGGGA